UGAAGUAAAAUGAAAGUAAAUUCUGAAAGUAAUACGAUCAACAGUUUUCAUUUCAAACCAUUGUGAUUGAUCCGCAAUUUGUCAUUUGGUGUUUAUGACAUAAGACUCUAAAUAUGGGAGUCCACGGGUUGUGGCAUCUACUUCAGCCAACAGGGCGACCCGUUUCCUUACAAUCACUUGAGGGGAAAGUCUUAGCUGUUGAUGUGAGUAUUUGGCUGCAUCAGGCAGUUAAAGGAAUGAGAAACAAGGAUGGGAGCCCAAUAUCCAAUGCCCAUUUGCAUGUACUGUUCACCAGAGUAUGCAAACUUCUCUACUACAAGAUUAAACCAGUGUUUGUUUUUGAUGGCAGAGUACCAGAGCUCAAGAAGCAGACAAUGGCCUCAAGGAGAGAGAAGAAGAUGAUAGCUGAAGUGGAAGGAGACAAAGCAUCAAAGAAGAUACUGGACAAUCUAUUAAAGAGCCACGCUCUGAAGGAGGUUAUGAAGAAAGGCCAUGCUUCAACAGACAGCAGUUCAAGCGUGUCGCAGCCAUCCACAUCCAGCCAAUCACAACAGAGCGCACAGAAACCAGAUCUGUUCCAGUUACCUCCCCUGCCAGAGGAGUUUGCAAGAGCCCAAGAAAUUCAGCCAUGGGAAGAGCCCACUACAAAUGCAACCAUUUUUGAGGAUGAGUAUCAAAAUUUGGAUGACGUAGAUAUUGACUCGGCUGAGUUUAAAAGUUUACCAGCAGAGGUUCAGCAUGAGAUUUUGAGUGAACUCAAAGAGAGAAGGAAAAGACUCACUAGGUACUCGAACCUGAAGCUGCCCAAGGAUUCCAAUGAUUUCUCCAGUUUCCAGAUGGCAAAAUUACUAAAACAAAAUGACCUUUCAAAUAAAUUGGAGGAAGUGAGAAUGAAAAUGACUAAACAGAUCUCAGGUGAGAUAACUCAGGACCUUGGUGAGCAUGCAGUGGGAACCGAGAUACAGGCUCAGAGAAUUCUGUCAGACGACUCUUCACACUUUAUCCUCAUUAAGGGAUUAAGUAACAAACGAAAGUUGGAGGAGCUAGACAAAAUUAAGGAGGAAGCAGAGAGGGAAGAGGAAUCCGAGAGGGAAGAUCUCAAAAAUGGAGAGAGAAUUGUGGAGGAUGAUAAAGUUAUGAUUGAUCUUGGAGAAAAUGACUCUGAAUCAGAAACUUGUGAUGGUUAUAAAAAAAAUGAGCAUUCUAAAGAUAUGAGCAAUAAUGUGGAAUCUCAGAUUUCAAGAUUUACUGUUGAUGAGCCUAUGGAAAAAUCUAUAGGUUGCUCUUCUAAAUCACAUAAACCAUUCGGUGAUUCAUAUCAGGAAAAAGAGAAUGCUGUUUCUGAAGGCAGCAGUAAUUUCAACAGAGGUCAAGAGAGAACUGGUGAACAUGUAAAGCAUGACAAAGACAUUGAAAUCAUUGGAACUAGUUCUGAUGUUUCUAAAUGCAAAAAUGAAAAUUCUAUAGAGAAUGAUAAAACAAAGACUAUCAAAUCUUUACCAAGGGAGGCAAAUCUUAGUGACGACAAUAGCAAAGCAUAUGAAAUUCAUGAGAAAAAUGAUAAAGGUUCUGUGAAUCCAUUAGCACAGAAUGUUGAUAGAAAAUCCUCAAAUCAUGAUCGCAGUGAAUCCAGUGACUCUGAAGAUGAGGGAUUUAUAGAAGUUUCCAUCGACCCAGCAAAAAUAGGUCCAGAUGAGCUGUUUCCAGCAGAUAUAUUUACAACAGCCUCCACAGAGGAAGAAAUCCCCAUCGUUUCAGCAAACAAAGAGGAGCAGCUUGUAGAGGAGCCAUGUGGUUCAGCUGAACGAGAACUCUCACCUGAACCCGAGUACACUCACCUGGUUGAACCAGAACCUAUCCCUACAGAGAUAAGUUCAGAAUCGCCCAAUGAUCUUGUCAAACAGUUCACAGAUUUAGUAGAGAAUGAUGUAGACAGAGUUUAUGAGGAUCUGGAAGUGGAGACUCGCGCUCUACAACAAGAGAGGGGCAGACAGGAGAGACUGGCUGCAUCUCUCUCGGACCAGAUGUACCUGGAGGCUCAGGAUUUGCUGAAGUUGUUUGGCGUGCCUUUUGUGCUCAGCCCGACGGAAGCAGAGGCUCAGUGUGCCUGGCUCGACUCGGCCAAUCUCACAAACGGCACGAUCACCGAUGACAGCGACAUCUGGCUGUUUGGAGGGAGACGUGUGUACAAAAACUUCUUCAACCAAGAUCGUACUGUGGAAUUGUUUAUGAAUGACAGUAUACAGAGCCAGCUGGGCUUGAACCGUGAGAUCUUGAUCAACAUGGCAUUACUGUGUGGGAGUGACUAUACAGACGGGAUUUCAGGGGUGGGACCUGUAACAGCCAUGGAGAUUCUGAGUGAAUUCCCAGCUGCAGACUUCUCUGCACUCCAAGCCUUCAAAUCUUGGUGGGAAGAAACUCAGAAACACAAAAGGAAUCCCAAAAUAAGUAAAAUUCGGUCAAAAUUAAGACAACUGGAAGUUUCUGAAGGAUUUCCAGAUCAUAGAAUUGUGGAUGCCUACCUCAAACCCACAGUGGAUGAUUCUAAAGAAGCUUUUUCCUGGGCUCUGCCUGACCUUGACCUACUAAGAGAAUACGCAAAAGAAAAGCUGGGGUGGGCACAAGUCAAAACAGAUGAGGUGCUUCUUCCUGUCCUACAGAAACUCAAAGAAACUCAGGUACAGACUCGAAUCAAUUCUUACUUUCAACCAGAAAACUUCAUGGAGCCUAAAAUGUUGAAAAGUGUCCGGCUAAAAAGAGCACUCAAAAAGUUCCAUGAUUCUCCGGAGAAAAAACAAACAGGCAGCCAAGAAGAUAGUGAAUCUAAAAGUAAAGAAACAGAGAGAGUUGAUGAAAAAACAAAAAGAGCAAGGGUUGUGAAAAAUCUAGCAGCAAAACAGUACACAGAGAGCAACAAAAGCAAUUCAAGACCUCGAGGUAAAGGGUCCAGAGCCCCCAGAGGAAGAGGCAAGGGCAAAGCACCUGCUAAGAAAGUGGAGACCAUGAGGAAACCUGUGUAUAAAGAAGAAGUGAAUUUGUCAGAGAGCAGUUCUGAUGAUCAAGGUGAUGGUGUAGCCAAUGAUGACGAUGAUGACAUGCUAGCCAAUUUGGACUAUGAAAGCUGGCAAAAGUGAGAAAUUGACUCCUAAAGUGUACAUUCAUCCUGUGGGAUUUUUUUUUUCAAAUUGAUCUAGAGAUAUACAUUAUAUGCCCAUUUGUAUAAAAAAAACUAUUUAUUUACAUGUAUUUAUGUAACAUUGAAGAUCAUGUUGAAUUCUAUACAAUCAUGAGAAUGGACAAAUCUUCAAAAUAUUUAAUUUACAAUUUAGUUGUAUAUUGAGUACACAUCUAGUUGAUUAGUUUACAUGUAUCUCCAGUUGUCUUUCAUGAUCAAAUCACAACUUACAUUUAUUUAAUAAAUUAUUUGAUAAUAAACUGAA